CAAAAAAAUAAAAACAAACAAAAAUCAAAUUACAAAACGGAUCCACCAAAAAAUCAUUCACAAUGUUCAGUCCGGAGUAUGAGAGGCGCAUCUUAAAGCAGUACAUUCCGGAGGCAAGGAAUCUAUUCGACAAUCUGGAAUCGUCGACGACACCAACAUCGCUGGAUCGUUUUAUACCCUGCAGGGCAAACAACAAUUGGCAGACGAAAUUUGCGUCCAUUAACAAGUCGAAUGAUAACUCGCCGCAGACGAGCAAGAAGCAGAGGGAUUGUGGGGAAACGGCACGCGAUAGUUUGGCCUAUUCGUGCCUGCUCAAGAACGAGCUGCUCGGCUCCGCGAUUGACGACGUGAAGACCGCCGGCGAGGAGCGCAACGAGAAUUCAUAUACGCCGGCUGCCAAGCGCAGCCUCUUCAAAUAUCAAUCACCCACCAAGCAGGACUACAAUGGGGAAUGUCCGUAUUCGUUGUCGCCGGUGAGUGCCAAGAGCCAAAAACUGUUGCGAUCGCCGCGGAAGGCGACACGCAAGAUAUCGAGGAUACCGUUUAAGGUAUUGGAUGCGCCCGAGCUGCAGGAUGAUUUCUAUUUGAAUUUGGUCGAUUGGUCAUCACAGAAUGUGCUCGCCGUUGGUCUCGGCAGCUGUGUCUAUCUGUGGAGCGCCUGCACCAGUCAGGUAACCCGGCUGUGCGAUCUCAGUCCAGAUUCGAAUACAGUGACAUCUGUGUCGUGGAACGAGCGUGGCAAUACAGUUGCCGUCGGCACCCAUCAUGGUUAUGUGACUGUUUGGGACGUGGCAGCCAACAAGCAGAUCAACAAACUGAAUGGUCACUCGGCGCGCGUGGGCGCCUUGGCCUGGAAUAGUGAAAUCCUGUCGAGUGGGUCUCGCGAUCGUUGGAUAAUACAGCGGGAUACGCGAACGCCACAGCUGCAAUCAGAGCGACGAUUGGCCGGCCAUCGGCAGGAGGUGUGCGGUCUGAAAUGGUCGCCGGACAAUCAGUAUUUGGCCAGUGGCGGCAACGAUAAUCGCCUGUAUGUGUGGAAUCAGCACUCUGUCAAUCCGGUGCAAUCCUAUACGGAGCAUAUGGCCGCCGUUAAGGCAAUCGCCUGGUCACCGCAUCAUCACGGCCUGUUAGCGAGUGGUGGCGGCACCGCCGAUCGUUGCAUCCGCUUCUGGAAUACGCUGACGGGCCAGCCCAUGCAGUGCGUGGACACCGGUUCGCAGGUGUGCAAUCUGGCCUGGUCCAAGCACUCAUCGGAGCUGGUCUCCACGCAUGGCUACUCGCAGAACCAAAUACUCGUAUGGAAAUAUCCAUCGUUGACGCAGGUGGCCAAGCUAACCGGUCAUUCGUAUCGUGUCCUCUAUUUGGCCCUCAGUCCCGAUGGCGAGGCGAUUGUCACCGGUGCCGGCGAUGAGACAUUGCGCUUCUGGAAUGUGUUCAGCAAGGCGCGCAGUCAAAAGGAGAACAAGUCUGUGCUGAAUCUCUUUGCGAACAUCAGAUAGACAUCAGAUGGGCGCGUAAAGCAAAGGAGCAAGGAGCAGCAGCGAUGGACACCAAAACCAAACCACAGCCACCCAUAUACCCAAAUCCGUUGGCUGAGGAAGGCGCCAAAGGCAAAGCAAUUCACAAAACCAACCAACCAUUUAAUCAAUCAUCAAACCUGGCUGGCUGGGGGCGGACGAGGGAGGGGCGCUGGGGAUUCUAGCAAGCGUGUGUUAAAUUUAUAUUUAAUUAUUUACUAAAUCCGUUCACAUAUUUAGGUCUACAAGCUCUCAAAAACAAAAAAUAACUACUUUCUUAUGUAUUGCAAAGUGCAAGAAAGAAAGAAAGCAAGAAAAACCAACAAGUACAGCCAAAUUUCAGUUAUUUCAGCACAACCAUUAAACAUAAAUACCAAGCCUUUAACUUAGUCAAAACCCCACCCCUAUCCGACUCCCCGGAUACUUUACCGUUGAUAAGGCUAAAAAUGAGAAAGGCAACAACAAAUAUAGUAUAUGUUUAAGUAGCAUAGAGAUUAUUUAACCGCUCAUUUGAAACAAUGAUCAUCUAAUUGUAAAUCUAAUCCAAGAACCAGAACUGAAAAACAAUGGCAUAGUUAAGCAAAAGUUUCUUACAUUUAACUGUAAAUUCUAUUCAUAUAUAUAUAUAUAUAUAUAUAUAUAUAGGUAUUCCUUAUAUAUAUAUAUAUAUAUGUUAUAGAA